AUGUACACCCAGCCGGUAAGGCCAGCGGAGCCUGCUCGUGCUGGUGCAUACCCUAUUUUUUGGCCCGGUCGGGUGCGGUUGGUAUACCGGGGGACUUGGCGUCGCUCAGAGGAGCGCCGAUACGUCAAGGCCCAAAGAGUGAUGGACAAUAGGAGAGACAAGGCCGUGGAGAGCGGCAGCCAUGACCAGAAACACCCGGACCACCGCCGGCGGGAUUCCAAGACCCAUUGUCAGUUCGGAAAAAGCGCAACUCUGAGACCUGGAAUGGUGGGUAACUAUUUGGAAUGGGGAUUGGCAUCUCGCGGGCCAUCUCGGGCGAUCAGCCGGCCUGGGGCAGCAUGUAAUAAGACAGGCAGUCUCGUGGUGGGGGCGACAAGGGGGGCUCGCGGUUGGCAGAGCCCCAGUAGACCCAGAUGUGCAGGCGGGAAAGCCAAGGAGCGGGCUCUCCGAACUCCGCUCAAGCCUCGUUGGUGUUGGCGGCUGCUGGAGCCGGAGGCUGUGAGGCGCAAGCUACCCUCGGUGCCUGGGUAUUACCUUGGUACCUAG